AUGACUCUCCUUCGACGAUUUCUUAAAGCCCUCCUAAGCGGAAGCUCUAUUAAUCUUCCUCCCUAUUAUUCUCAAUUAAUGCAAUCGCCGCAUUUUGAAAAUUUAAUAACAAGAGGUGAUUUAAGAUAUACCCAUCCCGCAGUUCGGGAAGUGUUGCAAGAUGAUGCCAUGAAGUUUGCACAAAAAUUACCAAAAACGUUGUUUGUAUUCGAGCCACCAAUUGAUUUGAUCGAAGAAAAACAAAAUUUCACAAUUCAUGCUGACAUUCCAGGAUUCCACAAAAACAACAUUUCGAUAACAGUGACCGAUGAGGAAAAAGGAGAACUUGUAAUUAAAGGUGAUUUGGUGGAUUUAGAGGAAAAGCAAAAACGCGAAGAGGAAGAAGUUUUCGGAACCUAUUUAAUACAAGAGCGAGCGUUAAUGCCUGAGUUUGAAAGAAAGAUUAUUCUACAAAAUCCUGCUGAUAUUGAUUGGGAGAAAAUUAAAGCAAAUAUUAAGCAUGGAAAAUUAACAGUGACAAUUCCAAAGCGGGAGCAACCGGAGAAACCUCCCAAAGAAUCAAAAGUAAUUCCAAUUCAUGAGGAGCAAUAA